AUGUUUGUGGAGCUUGCAUCCCGGUUAUUGCUAACGUGGCUGGCAGCUAGCCCGUUGGUGACAACCUCUCUAGCCCAGGCAACUCCUGGUCAACCUACCCAUGACCAUAGCCAAGGCGUCGUAGCCUGCCACGAAUUGGCCGCCAAGUUUCCCUCUUUGGUCUUCGGCUCCAAUACGUCCACCUAUGCCAAUCAGAGCGCCUUGCCGUGGUCCGAGACAUGCCUUCUCUCACCAAGUUGCGUCUUCCUCCCUCAUAAGGCUGCCGACGUUGCAGGUGCGUUGCCUCUUAUUAAGAGAGCACGAUCCCCAUUUGCAGUGAUCAGCGUGGGCCACAUGCCUGUUCCGGGGGCAUCCACCUCGGAGGGUGUUCUGAUUUCCUUAAAUCAAUUGUCACAACUGGAGUACGCCAAAGGAUCAAAUAAGACUAUUGCUCAAAUUGGGCCUGGCAACAAGUGGCUACAAGUCUACCAGUGGCUCGCGCAGUCUGGUCGGGCUGUGAACGGCGGCCGAUACGGGCAAGUGGGCGUGGGUGGUCUGCUCCUCGGGGGCGGAAUUGGGUACUUCAGCAGCAAAAUGGGGUGGGGUGCCGACUCGGUCGUGCAGUAUGAGGUUGUGCUGGCGAAUGGGUCAAUUGUUCUUGUCGACCGCACCUCGCAUCCGGACCUCUUCUGGGCCCUCAAGGGCGGAUCGAACAAUUUCGGCAUCGUGACUCGCUACGACAUGGUCACGAUGGAGGUGGGGGAUGCCUUUGCCAGUGGCAUUAUCUGGACGUCGGCUUCUACUACGCAGUGGUUUGAGGCUCUGAACGCGUAUAUGGCGCCAGGAGGUGGCGUGGAAGACGUCAACGCUGCCAUUAUGCCCAUUGUCGCGCUCACCCCGGAGGACGGCACCUAUGAGGUGAUCAGUCUAGAAUUUUACUCCGAGCCAGUUGCAUCUCCCAAGGCGUUUGAGAAUUUUACUGCAAUUGAGGGCCCAACGCGGCUCCACGAGACUAAUGUUGGAUCCUGGAUGUUCCUCGCCACAGCUCUGGAUACCCCCGCCUACGCAGCCAAAGAUCACAGACAACUCUUCUGGGCUGUCAGCUUCCGACCUGAUCCCCGUGCGAUCAGCAUUGCUAAUCACACGGUGUUCGACCAGGCGAUGGUGGACUUGAAAAAUGUCACCGGCUGUACCAUUUCCUUCAGCUACCAGCCCAUUUCCAAGGCUUGGCUUCAAGCGUCCAAGGCUUUGGGUGGGGAUGCAAUUGGUUUAGAUCCUGAGGAUGGGCCUUUUAUUGCGGGCUUGAUUUCCUCUACCUGGAGCAACGCAGAAGACGAUGACACAAUGUAUCAGUUCUCUCGCAAUGCGGCCAAAUCAAUCCGUCGCCAAACCGAACCGUUGGGGCUAUACCAUCCUUUCGUUUUUCUCAACGAUGCAGGCAAGGGCCAAGAUCCCUUCCCUGCGUAUGGCGGUGGUAAGAGCCUGAGACGCAUGCGAGAGAUUCAGGCCAAUUAUGACCCAGAGGGCUUUUUGAAGAACCAUCUGGCUCAUGGGUUCCCGCUGUGA